GUCCACCCACCUCUUCCUCCUCCACCCUCCUUCCCUUUUCUCUCCCUUCCAUCCCUUUCUGGCUCACUUGUCAGCAGCAGCGCUGGAAGUUGGGCUCCAGACUGCAAACUGAGCAGGAGAACAGGGAUUAUUUUAAGCUGUUCUAAUGAGACCUGAAUGAAAGCAGGCAUCCCACCAUCACCACCUGGAAAACUAAGUGGAUUGAAGGUGAUCGAGGGAGCCAGAGGAGAAGAGAAGACAGAGUGGGGAUUAGCAGCUAAUCCGGUCUGUGGACAAUCCUAAAGGAGCUUUAUCGUUCUUCCAAGACGAUGCAGACAAAACAGUUGCUGGAUUACAACGCUUUACUUUAUUGCCCUUUUCACGAAGGCAUCACCCUAGUUUUUCUGUCACACUGACCGCCUCGGAAGACUUUCUUCAGUUCAGGAGAACACAGGAAGCAAGAAUCCCGGUGUGGAGGAAGGAUGCUUCAUGGGCCAUGUGCCUCCUCAUACAUGGCUAACCCUUUUUAGAGGAACAGAGAACUGGGCUACUCUUCUUUUCAGUUUGACUGCUGAGGAAUACAAGAGUGGAACGGUUCUGUGGAGCAGAUCCAGGAUCCUGUGAAAGUGGACCCAAAGGCGGAUCUGUCUUGACUGACAUGUUCUGACAUUUUCAUUCAGUUUGAGGGGACAACACACAACCUUUCUCCUGCCAUGACUUCAGGAAAACUGCCAGGGAUUAAAGGCCUCAUGUCAGGCUCUCAGGGGAAGCGCCGAUUCAAAAGUGACCUCUCUGUGGACAUGAUUAGCCCCCCAAUGGGCGACUUCCGACACACGAUGCACGUUGGCCGUGGCGGGGAUGUUUUUGGAGACACUUCCUUCCUCAGCAACUAUGGAGGCUUCAAGGAGCCAGGAAGCCCUGACUCUGCCAACAGCUCCAAGUCAACCGGCUUCUUCACACGGACAUUUCGUCACGUACGGAGAACUUCCACACAGCGGCCGCGUGGGGGCUCCAGAGACCUGUCCUCCCUACCGCCGGAAGUCUCACCCAUUAUCAAAAAUGCUGUCUCCCUCCCUCAGCUAAACAUCGAUUCUCCCAACGGGUGCCUACAAAGGGUGCUGUUCCCCAGCUCCAUCAGCUCUACAGACUCCUUCUGCACAUAUGGUGUGCAGUCUGGAUUUGUGACUUUGCCCCGCCUUCCACGCUUUGAAAGACACUUCCAAGAUGAAGAAUGCAACACAGGCGGCGCACUGACACGCUCCGACUCGCUUGCCUCCUUCACUGUGGAUUUAGGCCCUUCUCUCAUGAGUGAGGUGUUGAGUUUGAUAGACGUCAGCUCCUUUCAACUGUCCAAUCGCAGGCAGGCAGCAGAUGAAGAAGAGGAUGGAGGUGAAGAUGAGGACAGUUCUCAGACAGAAACGCCUGUGCAGACCCCUAAAGUGACCUCGCCCAACCUUUCCCUGUGCAGCGAGCCGCUCAGUCUUAAUGGGAGGAGCUCUAACUGGACAGAGCAGGACAGAAGGACUUCUGAUGUCUCCACAGGGUCUCCUCUUGAGCUGGAGCCUGUUAUGGAGCCAGAGCGGUUCCAGAAAGCGGCUGACGUUCUGGCCCGCCAUUAUGGAGGCGGUUCUUUCACAAAGGCAAGAAGGAGCAGUGAUGCGGCCUCUCAGACUGUUUACAAAAACCACAAAAGCCCCCACGCCUUAUCUGAAGAAGAGGAGGAGAUCAAGGUCUAGAUGUUCAAAAAACACUUUCUUUUUUUGAGUUGACAUGACAUCAAUAAUGAUUUCCUAACACAACUGUGACUGGGAUAUGUCUUCUAAGGAAUUAUAUAUAUUCAUACUGCUAGCAUACAUUUAUGCUGUUUUUAAUAAACUGGUAAGUUAGGCAAAAGUAAAGGUUAAAUGUUUGUUUUUCUACAGUUCUGAAGCUUCAAAAUAUCUUUAUUAUAUUUUGUCACUGACACUGUAAACAGUUUAAUCUUUAUAAACAUUUAUGACUGUAUAUAUUUGAUAACUCAAUAUGUAAUUCUGUUUUACUGAAUUUCUUUGAAAAACGUUUUUUAUUUUUUAUUUCUUAACACAAAAAUACUAAAGGCACCUAUGGUUAAUUCAUAUUUUAAGCUUUGGCUUACUGAUUAAUGAUCAAAUUAAUUUUACUUCACUGCCAAUUUCAUGCUUUUUUUCUAGCUGCAAACCUUUUAGUAAAAUGUUACUAAACUCUUUCUUUAGCAGUUGUAGUUCAGUUCUGAAAAGAGUUUGAAUUCUGUUUAAUAAAAGAUGAAACAGUUCUGCAGUCAAAACCAAUAAGAAAUCUUGGUCUCAGUGAGUAGUAAGUCUUAAAUCCCUUUUUAACCACAUUUCUUCCUAGUCAGGUUUAUGUUUUUUAUACUAAUUAAUAAUACAAAAUUGUUUUCAGAUGUUACAAGCAGCUUUGAAAACCACAGCUUCAGCUCCUGAAGCUUCAGCGUUCACAGCCUGAGUGAAUUCUGUUUGUAUAAAUGAGUUACUUCAUUUUGCUUCUGUUGGGUUAAAACAACCUCCAACAUCAGAAUAACAUCAUAAGGAAAGAAAGACAACAGACCAUAGGUACCUUUAUAUGGGGAGAGCGAACAGAGAUAAUACCCAGCAGCAAUCUCUCUCCACUCUGGCGCAUAGUCUGUUUCUCCCGCCUUUUUUAAGUUUGUUGGGCUAAGUUACACAUGCGCUGUGCUCUAAAGAGAGGAGGAACAGACAAAGAACAGCUGCAGCGCGAUCAGAAAAGAUUAAUAACAACAUGUCUGUCUGUCCUCCCACAUCAUCUUUGGACCUGCAAAGUCUUUUCUCACGGAUAACUAACACAGAGCGUCCUUGGAUUCAGGUCUAGACACAGAUAACACGUAGUUCUCAUGCUGUUGCUGGGAAGAUGCAAAGAUAGUCGGUUUCCCCCCCAAGAGUUUCACCUCCACCUUCCUGUGAAACAGAGUUGGAAACACACACACUUCUGAAAACAUGAUUAUAUCAUGUUACCAGGUAAUGCAUAAAAAAAAAUAUGAAUUACUCAUUUACAUUUUUCCAACAGCUUCUCCAGCAUGUUCUUAUAUACAUUGUGUCUUAAAAAAGAUUAAAGAAUUUCAGCAGGUAAUUUGAACUUUUUCUCCUGUUAAAGUUGUGAUGCAGUGCAAAUGAGCGCAACACUGCCACAGUCAAAAAGGUUUUCGCAUGCAUUGUGUGUCAUCUCGCUUCUUUCCCUUCUUUGAUUUUGAUACAUUAGUUUCAGUUUAGCGUGACAAAGCUGCCAUCGAACAGCUGCUGACUGGUCCAGAUUCUAACUAACUAAAUUGCCACAUUUAUUUAACAUGGUGUCUGCUACCGAGGCUCCGAAACCAAACCAGAUCUUUUUACCCUCAAUUUUGUCUCUUUGGAUGAAGACAUUUUCAUUUUUUUAGAUAAUUUUAACAAUAGUUCACACUGUCUUUCUUUCUUUUGUAGCAUUGAUAAAUUUUUAUUAAAUAAGAUUUGCAAAUUUAUGGUCAAGGAUCUCCUAAAACUUUAAAAUAAACUGUAAAGUUUAUGUGCUGACAUUGAAUCAACAGGCCUCUGUGUGAUCUGUUAAUCCUGUGGAGCAAAUUAUUGGUAAAGAGUGUGAUUAUCUUGAAGAUGUGUUUGUUAAAACAAAACAAUAAAAGAUUUAAAGCACA